AUGAAUAACAUAACAUACCCAUCGAACUUCACUAAAAUUAGACACGAAGGCCAAAGUAGCAAGAUGAAGUGCGGAGCGGAAGCAGUAAAUGUUGUAUGGAGGGGGUAUCGACAGUCCAUUAAAAAUACAAUGUUUUCCCGAAGGAUCGAGAUUGAUAGACGCACCCUUCAUAGCUAUUGUAGAUUACUGGUCAAUGAGACUCAGAAAAAGCCAUUGUUCGUCUCUUCAGGCCUGAAUGAUGCCGAAAAGAGACUAGAAAAGAACCCAGAAUUUCAGAAACUCUCCGGGGCGUUCGAAGACUCGAACCACCAGCACAUUCAUAUGUCAGAGUCGGAAACGCUGGAAAAUGAUUUGUAUCAAUUGGGAACGGGUCUGUACCGAGAAAGUGACCAUCACAGGCGUUUUGAACGCAAAUCUCCAGCCUCCCAAAACAACACUAUGCUGGUACUCAGCAAAUCCCAAAUAAAAACUAAUCCAGGCGUCAGAAUCACUUGGAUAGGUCUGCUGAUAAACGUGGGAAUGGCAGCAGGUAAAUUUGCUGGUGGUAUCGUGUUCCAUUCUCAAGCUCUGACUGCAGAUGCCGUGCACGCUUUGUCAGAUCUGGUUUCUGACUUUCUAACGUUAUUUUCCAUAGGCUGGUCUUCGAAGCUGCCAACAAAACAGUACCCUCUUGGAUACGGUAAGAUACAAACCCUGGGAACCUUGUCGGUCUCAGCGAUUCUAGCUGUUGCAGGGCUCUCAAUUGGAUGGGGAUCGCUGUGUGCGAUUGCCGCUCCCUUUCUUCCUGACACGGUGAUGCACUAUUUGGCGUCGCACUCGCAUUCGCACGUUCACGGAUCGCCAGACGACGUUACCAACAUAAACGCUGCAUGGAUUGCAGCAGGCUCAAUUGCGGUGAAGGAAUGGAUUUUUAACGCUACAAAAAAAGUUGCUAAAGAAACGAAGUCUAACGUGCUACUGGCGAAUGCUUGGCAUCACAGAGUAGAUUCCCUGACGUCUCUAGUAGCCUUGGUGACCAUUUCGUCGGGAUACUUCUUCAACAUCCAAUCACUAGACGCCGUGGGUGGACUGUUGGUUUCGGGAUUGGUGGUCAAAGCUGGAGCCGAUGGUCUGAUAGUGGCAGUAACCGAGCUGAUGGACAAGUCUGUCUCAAAGACUGACGUUCGCUACAUAGGCGUCGAGAAGAACCUGACUGAGAUUCUGGCCAAGAUGGUGUCGAAUAACAACGCUGGUAAGCCCUACAAAUUGAAAGACCUGGUCGUAUUGGCGUCUGGUCCUAGUGUUCAUGCCAAAAUGGUUCUUGAAGUCCCAAUACAGAGAUGGGAAAACCUGCUGACAGUCAAGGAAUUGGAAAAUGUCACCCACCAUGUUCGGAGCACCCUGAUUGCCAACAUGCCAAGUUUGGUGGACCUUAACGUAGAGUUUGUGGAGGAGAAACCGGCCUUGAGUCUCGAACAAGAGCAAGAGCUUGAAAGACAAAGAAAGAUGGGCACGCCGCCGCUUCCCAGAACCGAAGCCAGCGAGGAUCCUGCGCUCUUGGCAGGCUCGCACACACAUUCGCAUUUCGGCGGGCUGGGCGAACUGGGCCACGACCACGACCACGACCACGACCACGGCCACGGCCAUAAGCAUUAG